AUGAAUGAAGAAUAUAAAAAUAUUAUAUUAAAAUAUAAGAAAAUCCAAAAUGACGAAAUAAGAAGUCGUAAUAUGGAAAGCGAAGAUGUAAAUGUAGAUAUUUACAAAAAUAUAGAUAAUUUUAUCAAUAGAAAAGAAAUAAAUAAAGAAGAAAAUAUUUAUGAAGACGAAUUAAAAGGGUUAGAAAUAAAUAAAAAUGAUAAUAUAUAUGAAAAAGAUUUUUUGAAUGAUAUAAAUUAUUUAAAUGAUGAAAAUGAUGUAAAAAAAUAUUUCCUUCAGAAAAAUAUAAAAAAAAAAAUUAAAAAAAUUGAUUUAUUAAAUCUAUAUGUAAACAAUUCUGAAAAUAUAAAAAAUGAAUUAAGAAAAACAUCUAUUUGUAAAUAUUGGUUAAAAGGAAUUUGUGCAAAUAUUGAAUGUAAUUUUGCUCAUGGAGAACAUGAAUUAAAAUCUACUUAUGGUGUUUAUAAGACAACUAUAUGUAAACACUGGAAAAAAAAUGGGAAUUGUUCAAGUGGAAUUAAUUGUAGACAUGCUCAUGGAGAAAAUGAAUUGCAACCUAAAAAUUUGCCUCUACAUUUACUAAAAAAAAAAAAUAACUUAAAAAAUAAAAAUAAUAUGAAAAAUAUAAACUUAAAUAAACUUAGUUCUAUUAGCAAUUCGUGCAACAUUAAUUAUAUGAAUGAUACAAAUAAGAUAAAUAAUAAUAAUAAUUCUAAUAAUGUAAAUAAUGUAAAUAAUGUAAAUAAUGUUAAUAAUUUGAAUAACAUCAGUAAUUUAAAUUAUACAAAAAAUACACAAACUAUUAAUAGUUUAAGUAAUGGAGAUAAUAUAAAAUGUACUGAUAAUUUUAAUAACAAUUUAUUAAUAAGUUUAAAUAAAAACAACGAAAAUAUUAAUAGUUUAAACAAUUCUAAAAAAAUAUGGAAUUAUAAAAUUUUUAAAGAACAAUCUAAUAAUAGUGAAACUGAAAAUAAAUUACCAAAAUCAUUUUUAAAUAAUUCCACCGAAAAUAUUAAUUAUUUAUUAAAUACAAUUCAGAAUAUUCAUAACAAAGAAAACAAAGAUGAUAAUUGUAAUAAUAAUUAUAAUUUAAUGAAUGAUAAUAUGAAAAUUGAAUUUUGUAAUAUGAGCAAUGAUGAGAAACAAAAGAUAGAAGAUAUAAAUAGUAAAUUAAUAAAUAAAAAUUUUUUAAAUAAUAUAACUAAUAUUAAUAAUAGCAACAUAAAUAAUGAAUCGGGAUGUUUUGGAAAUAUGCUAUAUUUAAAAUUAAAUAAUAAUGUUGAUAAUUUAAUGAAAAAUAAUGACAAUUUAAAUAAUAUUACAAAUUACAAAUAUAAUCUUGAAAAUAGAAAAAAUAAUUUUGAAAAUAAUAUAAGUGAUAUUGAAAUUACCAAAAAUAUAUUUGACGAUAAUAAUAAUAAUUAUACAGAGGAUAAUAAUGAUAAUUCUCACAUUUUAAAUAAUUUUAAUAAUAUUGAUAUUAAUAAUAAUAAUAAUAAUAGUAAUAUAUUAAAUAAUAAUAAAAAUAAUUGCAAUAAGCAUUUUAUUAGUUAUAAUGAUUUUUCUAAUUAUAAUAAAAGUGAUUUGAAUAAUAAUUUUGAAAAUACUAAUAAUAUAAUGAAAAAAGUUUCUUACAAUAUGAAAUAUUUUUCUUUUUAUAUAAAUACAUUAAAUAAAAUAGCUGAUAGUUUGAAUUACGUAAAUAAUAUAGAAAAUAUUAACAUUCCCAGUAAUAGUAAUAUGAACAAUAAAAAUAUAUUAAAAGAAAUUAUAAAUGAUGAUAAAGAUAAUAAUAAAAUAAAUAUUAUAAAAGAAAAUUAUACAAAUUCUAAUUUAGUUAUUAACAAUAAUGAUGACAAUUACCAUAUUUCUAAAAACGAUGAUGAAAAUGUAGAAGAAAAUAUGAAAGAUAAGCAAUUAGUAUUAAACGAUUUAAAAUUAAACAAUACUGAUAUAACUUUAAUGAAAAGUGCAUAUAAUACUAUGAAUACAUAUGAUAAUAAUAUGAACAACGAUUUAAAUAAUAAUAAUAAUGACAUUAAUGUGAGUAAAAAUAAUAAUAAUAAUGACAUUAAUGUGAGUAAAAAUAAUAUGAAUAGUGAUAAUAAUGAUAAUAAUAAUAAUAAUAAUAAUUAUAGUAAUAGUAAUAAUAAUAAUAAUUAUAGUAAUAGUAAUAAUGUUGUAAGUUGUAGAAAUACUGCAAUUAAUAAUGACGUAAUAGAUAAUAGUGACAUUAUAAAUAAUAGUGAUUCAAUAGAUAAAAAUAAUAUAAGUAACAAUAAAAUAAAAAAUAUUAAUUCAUAUAUAAAUUAUAAUUUAAAAUCAAAUGAAGAUAAAAAUGAAAAUUUCAAUAAUGAAACUAAAAUAACAAACAUAGAUAGUUUAAAUGAUAAAAUAUAUAAUAGUUUAAAAAAUUUACAAAUGAAUAGUUCUAAGAAUAAUAAUAAUAAUGAUGAUAAAAAUUAUGAAUAUAAUAAUUUGCUUAAUAAAUUUAAUAAUUCUGAUAAAAAUACAAGUAAUUUUUGUAAAAAAUUUCUAAUUUCUCAAAAUAUAAAGAACAAUAAUAAUGAUGCACAUAAUAAUUAUGAUAAUAACAUAGAUUGCAAGAAAGAAGAUCAUUUAAGUUAUAAUAAUAAUAUAAAUAAUUUUAGAAAUAAUUUUGACUUAAUAAAUUGUGGAAUAAAUUAUUAUAUGAAUGAUAAUAAUAUGAAAUUAAUAAACAAUCUAGAAAAUAGUUGUCUUUUAAACUAUACUGAAGAUAAUAAAACUUUUAUAAAUGAUAUUGAUAAUAACAAUAAUAAAAACAUUUUUGUAAAUAACAAAAUAGAAAAUGAUAAGUUAUAUGAAAAAAAAAUGGAUUUAAUUAAAAGUAAGAAAAUAAUUAAUUUAAAUAAUAUAAGCAAAGAUAAUAAUUAUUCCUAUAAUGAAAUGUAUUCAGAAAAUAUUUUAAAAGAUGAAAAUGCAAAUAAAUUUGAUAAUAAAGAUAAAGAGUAUAAUUAUUUAAAUAAAAAUAUAGAAAAUAAUGAUAUAAUUAAUAUGAAUAACAAUAAUAUGAAUAAUAAUUUGCAAAACAUAAAUGAUGAUUAUUAUAAUUUAAAUGAGAUCAUGUGUAAAAUAAGGUUAUUAUAUGCCAUGAACAACCUUGAUAAGGAUAAAAAUGAAGAUAAUAAUACAAAAAAUAAAGAUAAUGAAAAUUCAAAUAUAAAUAAUAAUAAUGUAAAUAACAUGAAUGAGUUAGUAAAUAAUGAAAAUUAUAUAAGCAACAUAAAGAAAAUAUUAAGUGAUAAAGAAAAUUUUUUGAAAAAUUUCAAUUCAAAUUAUGAAGAUUGCCUUAAUUUAAAAAAUAAUAAAGAAUCACAUCUACCAAACAAUGUACAAAAUAAAAAAACGUUAGAAAAUGAAGACAUAAUUAACAAUACGAAUACAUUCAUGACGGAUAAAAACAGUAUGGAGAAAAAUAAAGAAAUAAAUAGUAUGAAAAAGAAAACAAAUGAAGAACCACUUAAAAAAAGUCAAAUGAAUAAUAAUAUUGUCUAUUUAAGUAAUGAUUCAUUUUAUGAAAAAGAUAAUAGUAAUUAUAAUUUUAUAUUGAGUGAUAAUUUGCAUUUAGGAAAUAAUAAGGGAGAGAGCAUUUUACAUAAUAAUGAUAAUAAAAUGAAAAUAAAAAAUAAUGAUUUUAAUACUUUGUUUAAAGAUAAUAAAGAAAGUAACAUUUAUGAUGAAAAUUUUCUUAUAUAUGAUAAACAGAUAAAUAAAAAAAACUCAUAUAACAUAAAUAGUAAUAGAAAUGAUGAUUCAAUUAAUGAAAAAGAAGACAAUAACGAUAAUAAUAAGGAAUAUAAUAUGAAAAGAAAUAAUCAUAACGAUAUUGCCAUUAAUAAUGAAAAUAACAAUGGUAAUAAAAAUGUUAGCAACAUGGAAUAUUAUUAUAAUAAUAACAAUAAUGAUUUAGCAACUCGUUUUAAUAAUUAUAAAAAUGAAGAUUAUAUAAAUUAUGAUAAAAAUAAAGAUUCAGAUUCUUUUAUUAAUGUAAGAAAUGAUGUGAAUAACAAAAAGAAUAACUUUCAUUUUGAUGAAUUAAUUAAUAAUGAAAUUUCAAACGAUUUCAUUUAUUCUUUAAUUAAAAAUUCGGAAAAUAAACAUUUGGAAAAUAAAUGUUUUAUGAAUGAUGGAAAAAAUGAGGUUUCUAAUAAAAACUUAAAUGUAGACAAAAAUAUUGCAAGUAACGAAGGAAAUGAAGUUUAUAAUAUGAAUGAAAAAAAUAAUGAACAAAAAGAAAUUAUGAAAUCAUCAACAAAAUUAGUUAGUUUGAAUAAUAUACAAAAUAAAAAUGAAAACAUGGAAAAGGAAAAAAAAAAAUACAUGUUUGACUUUUUAAAUUUCUUAGAAGAAACAAAACAUAAGAAUGAAUAUAAUAAUAAUAAUAAUAAUAAGGAAAAUAAUAAUUUUAAUAAAUUAGUUAAUAAUAACUCAACAAAGCUAGUUAGACUUCAUGCAUUUAAAGAAACAUAUAAUAAAUGUACUAACAAUGAUAAGGAAGAUGAAAACAACAUAAAUAAUAUACUACAAGAAAAAUCUAAAUUUCUAAAAAUUAAUAAAUUAGAAAAAAAAAGUUAUCCGUUUGGAGAAAAUAAUUUUAAAAAUGAUAAUAAUAAUAAUAAUAAUAUUUAUAAUUCAAAGGAAUAUAUUAAUAAAAAUCUUUUUUUCUCUUCUAAUGGGAAUGAAUAA